GCUCUUUUACACUCUGCGCGCGGACGUCGAUGGAUGUGAGACCACUUCCGGCGUGGCCAUGGCGGCUAACGCUACCACCAACCCGUCGCAGCUGCUGCCGCUAGAGCUCGUAGACAAAUGCAUAGGAUCAAGAAUUCACAUAGUGAUGAAGAGUGACAAGGAAAUUGUUGGCACACUUCUCGGAUUCGACGACUUUGUCAAUAUGGUGCUGGAAGAUGUCACAGAAUUUGAAAUCACACCAGAAGGAAGACGGAUUACUAAAUUGGAUCAGAUAUUGCUGAAUGGAAAUAAUAUAACCAUGCUGGUUCCUGGAGGAGAAGGACCUGAAGUAUGAAUGAUUUCCUUGGCUUACCUAGAUUCUGUUUUGUCUUAUAAUGGCAAGCAAAUGGGAUUUUUUUAAUCCUUUAAUGUUUAUAUUUUAAAAUGCUGUUUCCCGUUGAAGGGAAAUGGUGUGACAGUGUAUCAUAUGCCAUUUUUCUAAGUUAAUCAUGAGUACCUUGGUAAAAGAAGAAUUUGCUUUUUGAAGAUUACAAAAUAAAGAUGUUUUUGGUUACUG